AAAAUGCAACCAAGCGUAAAUUUCUACGUAGCCUUUUGUUUUUGUUGUAACAAGUAACAAGAAAUCGCCGUUUGUUUGGAGUAUUUAGUUAAAUUAGUCGCAUUUUAUUAUUGUAAUGCAACAGUCGUACAACCUUAGAAGCCCGGCUGUAAAGCGUUUAAUGCGCGAGGCACAAGAGCUAGCAGCACCAACGUACGAAUAUUCAGCCAAGCCACUUGACGACAAUCUGUUUGAAUGGCAUUUCACUUUUCGUGGGCCAAAAGAUUCUGAUUUUGACGGUGGCUUGUACCAUGGCAGAAUCAUAUUACCACCUGAGUAUCCAAUGAAGCCACCCAGUAUUAUGCUUUUAAAUGCGAAUGGACGAUUUGAAUUGAACAAGAAAAUCUGCCUCAGUAUUUCUGGUUACCACCCCGAGUCAUGGCAGCCUAGUUGGAGCAUUCGAACAGCAAUUCUUGCAAUUAUUGGAUUCAUGCCAACCAAAGGAGAAGGUGCUAUUGGUGCUUUAGAUUAUACAGCAGAAGAAAGAAAAGUUUUGGCACGAAGGUCUAAAUCGUAUUCCUGCACUGCAUGUGGUUGCAUAAAAGAUCUGUUACCGAGUGAGGCAGAAGGAAUUGCAUGUACAACCAGUGAUGCCGAAAAUCGUGAUAAAGAGCUUGCGAAACAGAUUACUUUUGGAAAACCAAAAACUGAGAAAAAAGAAGAUGCUUCGAAAAGUGAAGAAACUUUAAAUGCUACACCUGUAGAUCCUGCUAUUACACCACAAGAAAAUAAUGUAAACACGACUUCAGAAAAUUCAGAAAAUCCAUCUGUUGAGAAUGAUGUAAGCCAUGCCCAGGAAGAUGGGGUGAGAAAGCGCUCGACCAUGACAACUCCCCCUCCCCCUACCACUGCCCCUUUACCCCGUUUGCAAACCAACCAAUCAAGCGAUUCUUCAACCAUGCUUAUCGUAUUACUUGCCAUAGCCAUUGCUCUCUUGUUUUUAAGAAGAAUAGAUCGUAUGUAUAACUUAUCCUCCAUGGUCACAGAUUACUUGUAAGUUCUUGCCAGUUCUGCCAAUAUUACUGAAGAAGUGGCUCUUUUACCAGCUUUUUGAUUUAACAGUUUAAACGUUCGUAGGAGUAAGUAUAUAUUGGGUGAAUGUCAUGCUUAUCCAGAAUAACACCCAACGGCUUUAAAGUCAUAAUUUGGAUUACAAUCUGUAAAAAUUUCUACUUUUUUUGAAGUAAAAAUGUUUUCCAUAUUGUAUUCAGGAUAUUUGUAAAAACGAUUUUUUUAAAAAAAGUUUCAUAUUAUUUGCUAUACAGUAUACAUAUAUACCCAAAAACCAGCCAUGCCGUGUAUGGAUUCUUGUAAAAAUGUUGUAAAUUCAUAAUUAGGCAAACAUAUAUUUUUAGAAUAUUGUUUCUCAAGUUUUGUUUUUGGUUGUGGGGCAAAGUUAUGGCGCGUAGGGGUUCGUUGUUUUAAUAUGUGUGGGACAAAACGUACUUCUAUCAGUAUUAUAUAUAAUAUGUACUAAAAGCAAUUGCAUGUGUAACUGGGCUUUGUACUUCUACUUCUAAUAAAUAACUAGUU